GCUUCCGUAGUAACAAAUAUCAGCUGAUACUUGCACAAGCGUCACGCUACCUGAACCGGUCAGGUAUCCAUCAGUCGUGAGAACCUCGCAAUACCUUCUAGAAACUUUCAAGUGACCUAGCAUACUUCUAUGCAACUCUUUUCUUUUGUUUCCAACAAAUCCAAAGUUAUAGUUUCGAUCGGCGCAGUUUAAGAUCACAGGCGAGCGCACAAGUAGCUAACGCGGAAGCUAACAUCAACGUCACUAGAAACGAAACCGCAAAUUUCACUCCAAAUCCAGUGUGGGUCUUUUUAGUAGUGGACGGGAUCAACAGCAUCAUGAACGUCGCCAAAAGUGGUUAUCGAGUUUUUUCGGCAAAUUCCUCCGUAGCAUGCACAGAACUGGCGAAGAAGAUAACAGAACGACUGGGAGUUGAGCUGGGAAAGUCGGUUGUCUUUCAAGAGUCUAACAGUGAAACAAGAGUGGAUGUAAAAGAAUCUGUUCGUGGACAAACAAUCUUCAUAAUCCAGACCAUACCACGAGAUGUCAACACGGCAAUCAUGGAGCUGCUGGUUAUGGCCUACGCCCUCAAGACCUCUUGUGCAAAAAACAUCAUCGGGGUUAUUCCAUACUUCCCCUACAGCAAACAGUGCAAGAUGAGGAAGAGGGGCUCCAUAGUAUGUAAGCUGUUAGCGUCCAUGUUGGCAAAAGCAGGUCUUACACACAUUAUCACAAUGGACUUGCAUCAAAAAGAGAUCCAAGGUUUCUUUUCCUUUCCCGUGGACAAUUUGCGGGCUUCCCCAUUCUUGAUCCAGUAUAUCCAAGAGGAGAUUCCAGAUUACAGGAAUGCCAUCAUUGUGGCCAAAUCUCCAGCAGCAGCCAAGAGAGCUCAGUCCUACGCGGAACGCCUGCGUUUGGGUCUGGCCGUGAUUCAUGGCGAGGCUCAGUGUUCGGAGUCGGACAUGGCUGACGGAAGGCAUUCGCCGCCAUGCGUACGCAACACCACGGGACACACGGGAUUAGAGCUGCCUUCAGGCAAACAACAAGCUCCGUUCCCUGGCAUAGAGCUUCCAAUGAUGAUGGCUAAGGAGAAACCUCCCAUUACUGUUGUUGGGGACGUGGGGGGAAGAAUUGCCAUCAUUGUGGAUGACAUCAUCGACGACGUAGGAGAUUUUUUGGCGGCCGCUGAGAUCCUGAAAGAAAGAGGCGCCUACAAAAUUUACAUCAUGGCCACACAUGGAUUACUCUCUGCCGAUGCGCCACGUCUCAUAGAAGAGUCGGCUAUUGAUGAGGUGGUGGUGACCAACACAGUCCCGCAUGAAGUGCAGAAGCUUCAGUGUCCCAAAAUCAAAACGGUGGACGUCAGUAUGAUCCUGGCUGAGGCCAUCCGUCGUAUCCAUAACGGCGAGUCCAUGGCUUACUUAUUCCGCAACAUUGCUGUGGACGACUAAACCAGAAAGAACCUGCUUUGGUAACCUUCCCAACGCCGUGGUACAUCCGUCGAUGUUCACAGCUUCGUAAAGUGGGCAAUUAACGUCUGCACUCUUCGGCGCACGACGUAAUGAAGUCUGGAGAGACAGCAGUUCGCGGACACUUUGAAAAGUAGGACAAAUAAUGCUGCACUAUUUUCCUCUUAGGGCUUAUCCGAGUUUACAGACCUUUAGACUAGCUAAACGCAGGUCAAAGUUGUGGCACAUCAUUGUCAUUCUAAAAAUAUUACAUUAUCCAAAUACUAUAUGCAACAUACUAAAGAUUAUGCAUGGUGAAGCUGCAACCUGAGUGUUUGCUCUUGCUCAUUUUCUACCUGUACAUAAUCUGUCUGUCAUUUUAAUGUCCUGCUCACAAAUCCCACCAGAGCAUGCACACCGAUAUGUUCUGCUCACUCACUAAUCCAGCCUUUCACUCUGUCCCGUAGUGUAUUCACACGUAAUGAAAUGGCACAUGCUUGUUGCUUACAAAUUUGUUUGCAGUGCUCCUCUGGAGCAGGCUCUCUAAUCGGGAACAUCCAGUCCUGGUAACAAGACGUGUGUUCCUGCUGGCACAGUGUUUGCAUCUCCUCUAAUUACAUCGUUCGAUCGUGUUGUCCCUACUUCAAGAACCAUUUAUAGCAUUAAAUGGGCUAAAUCGGUCCGUUUUUUUUUCCUCUGUCUAAACUUGGACUAUUUGACAUCACUUCAGGUUCAUAGGGUUCAGUGGUUUAUUUUUCUUGCCUAGCAAAGAUAACCUCCAUUUUUCGAGGGAAAUAAAUCAGCUGCAUUUUCAUUUUCCUAAAAAUGCCUUCCAGCUAAAUAAUUAGAUUGGGAUAUUAAUUGAUUUUGCUGCGCAAUUAUGUGAUGCGUUAUUAUGUCGUACCAAAUCGCGCUCAGUCCAAAUAGUCUUCGUUUGCUAUUUAUUAGUAUUCAUGAGUCAUGCCAGGGGUUUUGAGAUAGCGUAGCAUGUUGAAGCUCCACAAAACUGUAACCUUAACGCAAAUUCAGUCUGCAUGCGAUUAGCAUAAAUAAUCCGGUGGGCAAAAGAUAGCAGGAAAGAAAAGAGAGUUUGACUUUUGAUCUUGUUACAUAUUUGAAUGACCUUUCGCUCACUUAUUUGGGCUUAUCGGACUCACACAAAUGAGCCAGAGAAAUGUUAUGAAGAUGUGUGUGGUGAAUAUUUAGAUAAUUCUAAUUGGAUGUUUAGGGCAUUUUAUUUUGCUUCACGGUAUUCAGAUGCCGGCAGGGCCGAAACGAUUUUUCAAAUAAUGCUCGCCAAGAGCGGUUUAACCUUAAGCGCUGUCAGAAGAGUAAUAUGAAUUUCAUUUCUUCCUUUUUUUUUUUUUUUUUUUUUUAUGUAACCCUUUUGAAGUGAGGACCCUUGGUUUUCAUGUCGCACUAACAGAAUACUGAGAAAUGGAACGGAAAAAUAACAAGAUGCAUUCACCAGGUUAAUCCACCCUUUUUUUUUUUAAAUUGCAUUUGGAUAUUAUAUAGAAUAUAUAAUAUUUUGGAAGGAAUAACCUGAUCUUCCAUUCAAAGGCCCUCCAGGCGUUCACAUUGAUGUCUCCACUUGCAACUUAGAAUCUGCAACAGUCUGAGUAAUAAUAGUAAAUAUGAAUUCCGAGAGCAAACUUUUAAAAUGACUGUUCAUUUGCAUAUUCAGUAUUCUCCUCUAUGGAUUUGAGGAUGUGUGGAAGGUGAAUUUCUUUUAAGUGAAUUAUAAAAUAACUUCUAGCGUUCACUAACCAAGGAGAUACUUGAGUUGGUGUUCCAGAAGAUUUUCCCCUCCAGACAUUAAUUGGACUCUUUACUUGAUGAGCAUUCAAAUUUGUCCAUUACAAGUACUGGAGUGCUUUUCUCGUUAUUAUUCCAUCCAGAAAAUGUGCAACAAAGACAAAAACAUGAGGAAUGGAAUCUCGUAUAUUUUAUUGAACGGGCUUUCAAUUUACCAUGACAACGGUGUCUUAGAGACAAGCGCUCAUCAUGGCUAAUACAAAGACUUAUCGAGUCAACUGCAAUUUCUGUGUCCAGUUUGGACAAUUGAUUUGUUUCAGGUGAAGAAAUCCAUGUAUUGGAUUUUCAGGACAUCCUUAACUCAUUCACUGCCAACCCAGUUAAUAUCUUUCACGUCUAUAACCGUCAAUGGCACUGAAUGAGUUGAUAUUGACCCUCCAUGUUCAGCAUAUAAUCACUGUGAGCUCCAACUGCCUGAAGAAAAAUGUAGAUACGAGACUUCUGUUUAAAAACAAGCCUGUAAUAUAUAUAUAUAUA